CACAAACUCCCGGAGGGAGGUGGAAACAAUGAGAGCCGCUGGUGCUGGGCGCUGCUGUCUCGACCAUUCAUUCCUUACAACAGCCCAUUGAGGUCGCUUCAGAUCUCCGUUUACCAGAUGGGGAAACUGAGAGCUAAGCACACAGCAGAUGCCUCAGAAACCUAUCUUCAGCCAGCAGGCUGUCUCAAGCCCCGCCAUGCAGCCCCAGUCUGUUCUGCACAGCGGCUACUUCCACCCUCUGCUUCGGACCUGGCAGGCUGCCGCCACCACCCUCAAUGCCUCCAACCUCAUCUACCCCAUCUUUGUCACGCCCUGGGCUUGGCCAGGCAAGGGAGCCAGACAUUCGAUCCCAUCCCCCUCCUACCCUCUCCACUCCCAUAUUCCUUCCCAGCCUCCCAGCCAUCCCUCACAGUCACCCCUUCACCAGCCCUUCCCACAGCCAUCAGUGCCCGCCCCCCUACUCUUGCAGGGAUGUUCCUGAUGAUGUCCAGCCCAUCGCCAGCCUCCCAGGAGUGGCCAGGUACGGUGUGAACCGGCUGGAAGAGAUGCUGAGGCCUCUGGUAGAAGACGGCCUACGUUGUGUCCUCAUCUUUGGGGUCCCCAGCAGAGUUCCCAAGGAUGAGUGGGGUUCUGCAGCUGACUCUGAGGAAUCCCCAGCUAUUGAGGCCAUUCAUCUGUUGAGGAAGACUUUCCCCAACCUUCUGGUGGCCUGUGACGUCUGCUUAUGCCCCUACACCUCCCAUGGUCACUGUGGGCUCUUGGGUGAGAAUGGGGCAUUCCGGGCUGAGGAGAGCCGCCAGCGGCUGGCAGAGGUGGCACUGGCCUAUGCCAAGGCUGGAUGUCAGGUAGUAGCCCCGUCGGACAUGAUGGAUGGACGCGUGGGAGCCAUCAAGGAAGCUCUUAUGGCACAUGGACUUGGCAACAGGGUAUCAGUGAUGAGCUAUAGUGCCAAAUUUGCUUCCUGUUUCUAUGGGCCUUUCCGGGAUGCAGCCCAGUCAAGCCCAGCCUUUGGAGACCGCCGCUGCUACCAGCUGCCCCCCGGAGCCCGGGGCCUGGCCCUCCGUGCAGUGGACCGGGAUGUACAGGAGGGAGCUGACAUGCUGAUGGUGAAGCCAGGAAUGCCCUACCUGGACAUUGUACGGGAGGUGAAGGACAAGUACCGCGAGCUCCCCCUUGCUGUGUACCACGUGUCUGGAGAAUUUGCCAUGUUUUGGCACGGAGCCCAGGCCGGGGCAUUUGAUCUCAAGGCUGCUGUGCUGGAAGCCAUGACCGCCUUCCGCAGAGCAGGUGCCGACGUCAUCAUCACCUACUACACGCCUCAGCUGCUGAAGUGGCUGAAGGAGGAAUGACAGAGAGAGAGAUACCCAAGAACCAGAACUUGAGAAAGCUCCCAGGGCCUUGACAGAGUGAAAACCAAAGUAAAUACUGCUGUUAGAACUGUGCACUGCGCCCUCUUCCUGCUCCCAUGCUGGUGGGGACCCAGUGCCCACCAAACCUGGCUGGUUUCUGCUACCGUGCUCAUCUCCCACUUGCAGCCACUUCCUCGAGAGCUCCCCAGGCUUCCCUGUGACUGGCCCUGCUCAGCCAUGAGGCCUCUUCACCCCUGGCUCUCUCUGGUGUGUUUUCAGCUUGGCAGCUAUUAAGAGUCCCCGUGCAGGCUUGAUGGGGCCUGGAGAGGUGCUUGGAGGAUUGGGCAAGAGGAGAGUAGUUGACUAUGGAUCCUAAGAAGCUUUGGGAAGCCUGGGACCUCUAGUAGCAGUAUUAGGUGCAGGUUUGAGGCCUAGCUUGAUGACCCUGGUUUAGAGUUGAGGUGUGCCACAGUUCCUUGGGAAACUGUUUUCCCCACUGGCCAGUGAUCCCAGGCUGCCUGAGAUUUCCUGUUUUUCUUUGAGCCAAGAUC